AUGCAGAUCCCGUGCACAGGUGGCGCUGACCCCCUGCAUUGGUGCUUCGACCCCGAGCAGCGUCGUGUGUCGCUUGCUAACGACCGUACCCCCACUCCGUCGCCCUCACCCUCACACCCACCCGGAGCCAUGGGCCGACCCAAUCGCUUCAAGACCACCGUGACCGGCUCUAAAUCCACUUUUGCCAACCGACACGUGGCGAGCGGAACGGUGGGGGUCAGGUGCAGCAACAAUAGCAGUUGCGGGGGGAAGGUGGAGGGGUCCGAGCGUGGAGAAAGGGCAUCGCUGGGCAGUGGGAGCCCGCGAAAGGUGCUCGUGACAGGUGGAGGGGGAUACUUUGGCUUCAAGCUGGGGAGAGAACUCGCGAGUAGGGGGAUGAAAGUCAUCCUGCUGGAUAUACAAACGCCCCAAGCGGAUCUUCCGGAUGGAGCAGUGUUUUAUGAGGGGGACAUCCGGGACUAUGCCUCGCUCUUCAGGGCGUGUGAAGGAGUAGAGUGUGUCUUCCACACAGCCUCCUGCGGCAUGUCUGGUCCAGAACAGCUGAGGAAGGAACUCGUUGAAUCCAUCAACGUCAGCGGUACAAACAACAUCAUCAAUGUUUGCAAGGAGCGAGGCAUCUCUCGGCUGGUGUACACGAGCACCAUCAACGUGGCCUUCACGGGCCAGCCGAUCGAGGACGGGGACGAGGAGUCCCAGCCCUGCGUCCCACUGAACAUGUAUUUAGACCACUACUCAAGAACCAAAUCUAUUGCAGACCAGAUGGUCCGUGAGGCCAACGGAUGCGGGCUAAAAGGUGGCGGUCGCUUGAGAAGUUGCGCCUUGCGUUCCUCUGGCAUCUAUGGGCCCGGAGAGAGGAGACAUUUCCACAGAAUGAUGGAGAACCUGAGGCGUGGUUUGAUAGGCUUCCAGUUCGGUGAGGCCCGGGCUAAAAUGAACUGGGUGCAUGUUGACAACCUGGUGAUGGCGCACGUGCUGGCGGCUGAGGCUCUCACAGCCCAGAAACAUGGCAUAGCUAGUGGCCAGGCCUAUUUUAUUAACGACGGCGUGUCAGUCAAUGUGUUUGAGUGGCUUAAUCCAUUGUAUAAAAUGUUUGGUCACAGAAGACCGAUGGUACACCUGCCAGUUUCACUGGUCUAUUGGAUAGCCACCAUUCUGGAAUACCUUCAUCUAGCUCUGAGACCAAUCGCUGAAACCCCGCUUCUCUUCACAAGAAAUGAGGUGAGGAACGUCGCUGUGAGCCACACCUUCAAGAUCGACAAGGCCCGCAGAGAGCUGGGCUUCUGCCCCAAGCAACACGACCUGGGGGAGUCCGUGGAGCACUACGUCAAGACCCAGACGCUGACCUCCGACCCCUGGGACCUCAGCCUCCGCUGGAAGUUCCCCGCCUCAUCUCACACCUUCGUCCUCCUCCUCUUCAUGCUGGGUCUCAGCGUGGUGCUGAUUCUGAUGUAG